UGUCGGUGCUGCCGAAGCACGUGGCAGAGACCAUGAGACAAGAUCUCGGCAGCGGCGGCGACGGACAGUUCAAGAAGAUCUACAUGAGCAGACACGAGAACGUCAGUAUUUUGUUCGCGGACAUCGUUGGCUUCACAGCCAUAUCGUCGACCUACACGGCGUCUGAGCUCGUCAAGAUGCUCAACGAACUUUUCGCUCGCUUCGAUGGUCUUGCAGAGAAGUAUCACCAGCUGCGUAUCAAGAUCCUGGGCGACUGCUACUACUGCAUCAGCGGCGCCCCGCGCGAGCGUCCUGACCACGCGGUCCUCUGCGUCCACAUGGGCCUCUCCAUGAUAGAGGCCAUCAAGUAUGUGCGGGAGACGACCGGCUCUGGCGUGGACAUGCGCGUGGGCAUCCACACGGGGGCGGUGCUGGCGGGGGUGUUGGGGCAGCGGCAGUGGCAGUUCGAUGUCUACAGCAAAGAUGUCGUCCUGGCCAACAAGAUGGAGUCCAGUGGCAAGCCGGGGCGCGUACACAUCAGCAACACGACGCUGGAGUUCCUUGGUGAAGACUUCGAGGUGGAGCCUGCGCACGGAGAGCGACGCGAGGACGCCUUCAGAGUCGUUCUGUACAAGCCACGGCCGUCCCUGAACAUGCUCAAGAACGGCACUCGCAACAACAGCACGAGUGGCGCGAGUGGCUCCCAGCAGCACUCGCGGGAGGGCACCUCCGACAGCAACAUGGUCAGCCGCGACUCUCUGACGAUGUCAUCCGCAGACGACGCGCCCGCAGGCGGCGCAGGCGCAGGCAGGGGCAACAAGGCCUGCGGGGCGGCAGACAAGACAGGCGACGCGUCCUAUAAGAGCAAACUGCAGAAGGAGCUCGUCAGCAGGGACGGCCGGAGGCUCUUGAGGAACGGACUAAAGCAACAUAUUCGUUCCCAUCACCCAUCAUCACCAGUCACCACCCGUCACCACCCGUCACCCGUCACCACCCACCACCACCCGUCACCACCCACCAUCACCCGUUACCAUCCUCUACCACCCGUCACCACCCACCACCACCCGUCACCACCCACCACCACCCGUCACCACCCGUCCUGUGUUGCCAGGGAGCUGCUGCGCCAGACGUCGCCGCUGCUGUUGUCCUUCAAGUCACCGGCGACAGAGCGCGCGUACAGGCAACACCGCGAGACUUUCAGCGGCGCCGCCACCACCGCCGUGCCCCUCGUCGUCCUCGUCAUCGCCGUCGUCAGGGCCAUCCUCAUGCCCAGGUCUGUCAUACCCAGGUCUGUCAUGCCCAGGUCUGUCAUGCCCAGGUCUGUCAUGCCCAGGUCUGUCAUGCCCAGGUCUGUGGUCAUCCUCAUGCCCCGGUCUGCCAUGCCCAGGUUUUUGAUCAUCCUCAUGCCCAGGUCUGUGGCCAUCCUCAUGCCCAGGUCUGUCAUGCCCAUGUCUGUGGCCAUCCUCAUGCCCAGGUCUGUGGUCAUCCUCAUGCCCCGGUCUGUCAUGCCCAGAUCUGUGGCCAUCCUCAUGCCCAAGAGUGGCGGAGGGCCCCUGGUGCUGCUGGUGGGGCUCACGCUCCUGAUGGUCAUGGCCUCGGUCUCAGCGGCGCGCUCCUUCCCCAUGUACCUCUGCAACAACAGUCUGUUCAGCGACAUGUUCUACGGCAACAGCAGCACCGGCGCGCUGUCAACCGGUGUUGCCAUGUCACCACAUGCACGACACCGUCACCACGCAUCACGUCGCCAGCCUAAUGAUGCCCUCACCAUCUUCAUCGAGGAGGAGGAGAAGCACAACGAAGUCUUCAUUAAAGUCAUGAGUGUCCUUGAGGACGGCAACGAAACUUUGACCAACACCACCUCGAGUCCCCCGAUCCCAUCAAACAUUUCACUCAAAAAACUACGGAAAACUGGACACACUUUAGAAGAUGGGGCAGGAUCUGUGGUAUCAGAUGGUGGGGAUGACAUGGUUGGUGGGGAUGUGCUAGAAAGUGUGGGGAUAUCGGGCGUGUACAGUCAAGACUAUGAUUACCACAGCGAGGAAGACGGUUACAAGGCAGACAUUUGUCCGUACCCGACGUACCAUACAUACUUCACGGUACUGCUGCUGCUGGGGGCAACGCUGCUAGCUCAGGUUAGCCACUUGGCCAAGAGUGCUGUGCUCGUGGUGAUCGCCAGCGCGCAGAUCUUCCUCAACUUCUUCCUCAUCCGCCCCGUGUACACGCCUGAUGUACAUGACCCUGAUGGUCCUCCCCACCCUCCCCUGGCGCUGCCUCAGGGAAGGAGGAGGGACCCGAGGCUCGUUGCCUUCUAUGGACCACCUACAGAAGAAGAACGUCUUCGUAUGGAGCUCGUCGAUCUCUCCUUGGAGCUGCUCUUCCUAACCUUCCUACUCGCCUUCAUCGCGCGGCAGAUGGAGAAGACCUCGCGAGUGCUCUACUUGUGGCGCAGGGAAGUUGAGGAGCAGAAGGAGAAGGCAGCAGAUAUUCGGCAUCGAAAUGAACAACUCGUGUACAAUAUUCUGCCUCCCCACGUGGCCACGCACUUCAUGGGGCUCAGGAGGAAGAAACACGAGGAGCUUUACUCGCAGAGCUACGAGGAGGUCGGCGUACUCUUCGCGUCCAUGCCCAACUAUGGAGACUUUUACUCGGAGGAGUCAGUGAACAACCAGGGGCUGGAGUGCCUCAGGUUCCUCAACGAAGUCAUCUCUGACUUUGACGGUCUGCUCGAGAACGCGCCCUUCAAAGACAUCAUCAAAAUCAAGACGAUCGGGUCGACCUACAUGGCGGCCAGCGGCCUUCACAACACCAGCGUUCCCUCCAAGUCCUUCAACGUCCUCAGGAUAGGCGAGUCCUUCAACGUCCUCAGGAUGCGUGAGUCCUUCAACGUCCUCAGGAUGCGUGAGUCCUUCAACGUCCUCAGGAUGGCUGAGUCCUUUAACGUCCUCAGGAUGCGUGAGUCCUUCAACGUCCUCAGGAUGCGUGAGUCCUUCAACGUCCUCAGGAUGGCUGAGUCCUUCAACGUCCUCAGGAUGGCUCAGUCCUUUAACGUCCUCAGGAUGCGUGAGUCCUUCAACGUCCUCAGGAUGGCUGAAUCCUUCAACGUCCUCAGGAUGGCUGAGUCCUUCGACGUCCUCAGGAUGGCUGAGUCCUUCAACGUCCUCAGGAUGGCUGAGUCCUUCAACGUCCUCAGGAUGGCUGAGUCCUUUAACGUCCUCAGGAUGCACGAGUCCUUCAACGUCCUCAGGAUGGCUCAGUCCUUUAACGUCCUCAGGAUGCGUGAGUCCUUCAACGUCCUCAGGAUGGCUGAGUCCUUCAACGUCCUCAGGAUGGAUGAGUCCCUGGUCACGCCUAACGCGACUCAACGACGCUGCAUCAACCACGGCCCCAUCACGGCGGGGGUGAUCGGGGCGCGCAAGCCCCACUACGACAUUUGGGGCAACACUGUCAACGUCGCGUCACGCAUGGAGUCAACCGGCAAGGCCGGCUGCAUCCAGGUGACGCAGGAGACAACACGUAUCCUGGAGCACUUCGGCUACGUGUUCGAGCAGCGCGGCGUGAUUGCUGUUAAGGGCAAGGGCGACCUCCUUACCUACUACAUCGUGGGCAAGAAGCCCGUGACCCGACCCACGGGACCUUUACCUGGGGCACCUCCGGGGUGA